CGGGGUCAAGCAUCCCGGGCCGGGUGCGAUAGGAAUGACCCUUCGGCACCCCUGGAAACCCGGCCUCGUCGCCGAAGGAGCGCCAGAAAGCACACCAAGGCCUUCACCAAGCAUUCUUCGCCAUCGUCGUCGCCAUCGCCAUUGCGCUCCUGCAUUCGUCUCGUUAGGGUUUCAAUUCAAGCUCCCCUGCGAAGCGAAUUCGACCACCAUGGUGACUCCCGUAGUUGGACGGCCCUUCUCUCAGGUGGUGUUCAGCGAGGCCAAGCGCAACUGGCCCUUCAUGUUCGGCUUCGCGGUCACCUUCACACUCGUUGCCAAGCUCUCUGCAAGCCUUGACCCUAAGGAGGCUCACAAGUCUAAGUUCGUCAAUCCCUAUGGACAUCAUUGAUCAUCUAGUCAAGAUGCACGGAGAUGCAAGAGUUAAUUAUAUGUUAUUUCCGACAGCAUCUGCCUUUCAAAGUGAUCCAGAUUCUUAUGACCAACGGUCGUAAUCAGCUGUAAUAGUGUGUCGCUAGUAGAGUGUGCAUCCGUCUAAUUUGCCACCAAUUUUUGAAGUUUUCUUCUUGAAGUUUUUAGUGCUCUUCCAAUCAGAAUUCCAGAGGUCUGGGCGAAUGCCCACAUGCAGGCAAUACUUGAAUUGUCUGUACAAUGCAUCUGUGUCUCAUGAUUCGAGCUUGAAAUAAAAUUUUGAAAGCAUUCUUGCCAUCUGA